AUGGCGGAGACGAUCGUGCUGAAGGGCGUCAUGAAGGGCCACACAGACAUGGUGACCGCCAUUGCCACUCCGAUUGACAACUCGGACAUGAUCGUGUCCUCUUCCAGGGAUAAGUCCAUCCUCGUCUGGCACCUCACCAAGGACUCGGGGCUCUCCGCUGAAGGCGGCGGCUCCACCAACUACGGCGUGCCGCGCCGUCGCCUCACGGGGCACUCCCAUUUCGUGCAGGACGUUGUCCUCAGCUCCGACGGACAGUUCGCCCUCUCUGGAUCGUGGGACGGCGAGCUGCGCCUGUGGGACCUCAACACCGGUGCCACCACCCGUCGUUUCGUCAGCCACAGUAAAGACGUUCUCUCCGUUGCCUUCUCCGUCGACAACCGGCAGAUAGUCUCCGCCGCCCGCGACCGCACCAUUAAGCUCUGGAACACCAUAGGAGAGUGCAAAUAUACCAUCCAGGAUGGCGAUAGCCACACGAACUGGGUCAGCUGCGUCCGCUUCAGCCCAAACACCUUCGUCCCCACCAUCGUCUCUGCCUCCUGGGACCGGACAGUCAAGGUCUGGAACCUCAGCAACUGCAAGCUGAGGUACACCCUCACCGGCCACGGCGGGUACGUCAACACCGUCGCGGUCAGCCCCGACGGCUCUCUGUGCGCCAGCGGCGGCAAAGACGGGGUCACGCUCCUCUGGGACUUGGCAGAGGGAAAGAAACUCUACUCUCUCGACGCUGGUUCCAUCAUCCAUGGCCUCUGCUUCAGCCCCAACCGAUACUGGCUCUGCGCAGCCACCCAGGAUAGCAUUAAGAUCUGGGAUCUCGAGAGCAAGGUCAUUGUCCAGGAACUCAGACCUGAAGUGACCACCGGCAAGAACCAGGUAUGCCGCCCUCUUGUCACCUAUUGCGAACAGCAAAGCUCAUCUUGCAUCGUGCCCUCUAUAGAUUGGAUAGAAUCAGGAUCGCAACUCAUCUUGCAUUUUCCUCUAAAUGCGACCACCUAGGCUUAUUGUUCAUGUAGUAAUUAUUUAGUCAUAGAUACUUGUUGAGAUUGUUUUUGAGUAAUCUGCUGAUGCUAAAGUCUUGUAGUGCGAACACCAUGAACAACAUCGUAUCGCCCUUUGAUGACAAUCUGGGUUUUAAAAUUUUCUGGACGGAUUUCUUACUCAGACCUAUGGGAAUGGAGUGUCUUGUGGCCUUUAUUCCCCCCUCCCCAUAAACCAUGGAUCAACUGUGUGGACUACACGAUAAUCUUCUUUCAUUCUCUGCUCUUCCCUGCAGAUGCUGUACUGCACCAGCAUGAGCUGGAGCUCGGACGGGAGCACCCUCUUCACCGGGUACACCGACGGCGUCAUCAGGGUGUGGGGCGUCAACCGCGCCUACUAG